GCGCAUUGGUCUCCUGUUGCUGGUCUCCUUUCGGCAGUAGCUCAACUCUGCCAUCCUGGCUUCUGUGAAGGGUGACAGUUGGUGAUUGCUCUGAGAACAGGAGCAAGUUCUCACAGUCUGGUUUGAGUACCAGCAUGGGCUUGAAUUUAUGAAUGCUUUUCAUUGGGUUGGAAGAGACCUUUUUUCUGUGACUUUGACUUCAUUGAAUUUGUCAGCUGUUGUUUCUGAGAAGACUUUAUCAUGACUCUGCUGGAACCUGAGAUGUUAAUGAUGGCUGUACAGUCAGUGCUGCAGUUGAAGCUCCAGCAGCGCCGCACCCGGGAGGAGCUGGUGAGCCAAGGGAUCAUGCCGCCUUUGAAAAGUCCGGCUGCAUUUCAUGAGCAGAGGAGGAGCUUGGAGCGGGCCAGGACAGAGGACUACCUGAAACGGAAGAUCCGUUCCCGGCCGGAGAGAUCGGAGCUGGUCAGGAUGCACAUUCUGGAAGAGACCUCGGCUGAGCCUUCCCUCCAGGCCAAGCAGCUGAAACUCAAGCGAGCCAGACUAGCUGAUGACCUCAACGAGAAGAUUGCUCAGAGGCCUGGCCCCAUGGAGCUGGUGGAGAAAAACAUCCUGCCUGUGGAGUCCAGCCUGAAGGAAGCCAUCAUUGUGGGCCAUGUGAACUACCCGAAAGUGGCCGACAGCUCUUCCUUCGAUGAGGACAGCAGCGAUGCCUUAUCCCCCGAGCAGCCUGCCAGUCAUGAGUCCCAGGGCUCAGUGCCAUCACCCCUGGAGGCCCGCAUCAGUGAAUCACUGCCGAGUGCCACCUCCGUGUCCCCCACUCAGGUUCUUUCUCAGCUCCAGCUGGGCCCAGAUGCUGGAGAAACACUCUUCAUGGCCGAGCAGCCGCCUCUGCCUGCCCCGCCUCUGCUGCCCUCCAGCCUCACCAAUGGAGCCAACGUCCCCCCUGCCAAACCCACCCCUACACUCAUUAAGCAAAGCCAACCCAAGUCUGCCAGUGAGAAGGUGCAGCGCAGCAAGAAGGCCAAGGAGCUGAAGCCCAAGGUGAAGAAGCUCAAGUACCACCAGUACAUCCCCCCGGACCAGAAGCAGGACAAGGGGGCGCCCACCAUGGACUCUUCCUAUGCCAAGAUCCUGCAGCAGCAACAGCUCUUCCUGCAGCUACAAAUCCUCAACCAGCAGCAGCAGCAGCACUACAACUACCAGACAAUCCUGCCCGCACCGCCCAAGCCAGCAGGGGAGGCUCUGGGAAGCAGCGGGACCCCCCCAGUGCGCAGCUUGUCUACCACCAACGGCUGCACCAGCGUAAGCACCUCGGGGCCCUCGGGGCUGGCCCGCCAGAACAGUGCCCCUCUCUCUGGAAAGCCAGGAGCCCUGCCAGCCAACCUGGAUGACAUGAAGGUGGCGGAGCUGAAGCAGGAGCUGAAGUUGCGGUCCCUGCCCGUCUCCGGCACCAAGACCGAGCUGAUCGAGCGCCUGCGUGCCUACCAGGACCAAGUGGGCCCUGUUUCCGGGGCACCCAAGGCUCCUGCUGCCUCCUCCCUGCUGUCCAAGGCCAGUGAGGUGGUGGUAGCCUUCCCAGCGGCCCGGCUGAGCACGGGGCCAGCCCUGGUGACCACUGGCCUGGCCCCGGCCGAGGUGGUGGUGGCCACGGUGACCAGCAACGGUGUGGUGAAGUUUGGCAGCACAGGCUCCACGCCCCCCGUGUCUCCUACACCCUCGGAGCGCUCGCUGCUCAGCACGGGUGACGAGAACUCCACGCCGGGUGACGCCUUCGGGGAGACAGUGACAUCACCCUUGACGCAGCUCACGCUACAGCCGUCACCACUGCAAGUGCUGGUGAAAGAGGAAGCCACGGCACGGGAGCCCGAGGGCCUGGACAAGGACCAGAUGCUGCAGGAGAAGGACCGGCAGAUCGAGGCGCUGACGCGCAUGCUCCGGCAAAAGCAGAGGCUGGUGGAGCUGCUCCGGCUGCAGCUGGAGCGAGAGAAGCGCGCGCAGCAGCCCGGCGCCCCAGUGAAGCAGGAAGGCGGCCCCUCCAGCUGCCCGCUCAGCCGCCACCCCCCUGCCACCACGCGUCCUUUCAGUCCCGGCCUGGCCGCCCCCACCGCCGGCCAUGGAGACGUAGUGGUGGUGAAGCAGGAGGCCUCGCCGCCUGAGCCUGCACCUGGACCACAGCUGCUCCUGGGCGCACAGACUGGGGGCCUCCUCCCGGGGGUCACCCCACCCUCCCUUGUCACCGACGCCACAGGGACCCACCUCGUCCUCACCAUGACCAACAAGAAGGCAGACAGCCCUGGCCUGCCCGGCGGGAGCCCCCUGCAGCCUCUGUCCCGGCCAGGCUCACCCGCCCCUGCGGUCCUGGAGCCUCCACUGCAGACCACCUUUGGGGCGCCUGCUUCUCUGCUGAAGAAGGAGCCUCCAGGCUACAAGGAGGCUGUGACCCAGCAGCCCAAGCAACAGGAAAGUGGCUGUUCAAGCCAGCAGAUGGAUGACCUGUUCGACAUUCUGAUUCAGAGUGGAGAAAUUUCAGCAGAUUUCAAGGAGCCACCAUCUCUACCCGGGAAGGAGAAGAUGCCCUCUGCAGCAGCCUGUGGGUCCCCUCUGGCAGCACAGCCAUCGCCUGCCACUGAGCUCCCUCAGGCCGCACCACCUCCACCCGGCUCGCCCACGCUCCCGGGGCGCCUGGAGGACUUCCUAGAGAGCAGCACGGGGCUGCCCCUACUGACUGGUGGCCACGAGGGCCCGGAGCCCCUGUCCCUCAUUGAUGAUCUCCACAGCCAGAUGCUAAGCAGCUCUGCCAUCCUGGACCACCCCCCGUCACCCAUGGACACCUCAGAAUUGCACUUUGCCCCUGAGCCCAGCAGCAGUAUGGGCCUGGACCUGGCUGAUGGCCACCUGGACAGCAUGGAUUGGCUGGAGCUCUCGUCAGGGGGUCCUGUGCUCAGCCUGGCACCCCUCAGCACCGCCGCACCCAGCCUCUUCUCCACGGACUUCCUGGACGGCCAUGACCUGCAGCUCCACUGGGACUCCUGCUUGUAGCUCGCCAGAGACUGGGCUGGGCGGGGGCCAGCAUGGCUCUGGGAGGCCACGGGCCUCGACAAUCACAGUCUCCGCUUGGCUGGGGCUGCUGCAACCAGGGUGGAGGCGAAGCUGCCAUGCCGCAGCUUGGGUCUCUGCCAGGGCUUUGGAGGCCUGGCUGGGGCUAUUUCAAUUUGACCUCCUUUUGUGAGGUCAGAGGUGCACUGUGGGGUGGUGGCGGCACCCAGGCUUUCUGUCAUUUAUUGUUUUGGUAUAGCGUGACCCAUUAGAGGUUGGUGGCAACACUUUCCUGUACAGGUGUAUAUACUUCUAUAUAUCAACGUACAAUACUCAUAUAUUUUGGGGGCACAGUUCCCCCAGCCUGCUUUCACAUACAGAAGGGCUGGAUGCAGGGUCACCUUGAGCUGUGCCACGGGGCCUGGCCCCACCCCCACCCCCCACGUGUGUUCAACAUGCACCCUGUCACACCGCCUGUGCUCACGCCCUGCUGCCCGGCUCCCUUGUGCCACAAGGGCAGAGGGCUUUCCUGGCCCUCCAGCUGGGGGUUCCUCAGCUGCCCCAUCCAUCCCUGCCUCACUGUAGCCAACUUGGCCCUGGAGCACGUGAGGCCCGUCCUGGACUGCUCAUGGGGCAGAAGGGAUGGAGUCACCAGACCAGUGCCGCGACAAAGGUGGGAACUGUGUGAACUUUUUAAAAUAAAAACAGAAACACUGA